CCAAUUCUUACAAUAACGGCUAUAUGUGAUGGUUUAUUGGUAGAAUUGCAUAACCGCCGCAGAGGCCAACUAUCCUCAACCUCAGGCCUUCCACUUCCGAGCCUUGCUUCGCCUCCUCCAACUUUCUUUCCGGAUGGACGUUGUUUAGUCUUUCUAACUUCUUUACUUUCUUCUUCUCUCCUUCUUUUCCUUUCUUCCCCUUUACGGAGUACUGGUUUUGACUCUUCCUUCCUUUUAGUCGAUCACUGCUCUGUUCUAAACUCGCCUCUCCUUAUCUACCGAAUACCCGAGACUAGCAUGCAAUAGCACAUUCGACUUCGAACUAGAUACGGUCUUUCUCUUUCCUUUCUCGAACCAUCGAAUCUAGUCCGACCAACCGACGGACAUAACAACGGUACUCCGUACAGUAACGCUACCGAUGAAGCCCAAGGGCCAGACCCUCAACAAACGCCGCUCCAAACCGAGCCUUACCCUCGCAACCGGCCACGAAAACGGUCAUGCCAAUCGCGAGAAAAUGAACAGCAACAUAGAAAUGCGCAAGCGGGACACACCCCCGGAGUCCUCCUCCGCGCGUGCAAACCGCCUCAUGUCCCGCGACUCCUUCACCCUAGACGAAGAGCCCUCGAUACCCGUGACGCCGCAGACCCCGGGCCUGGCGACGACGAGCUUCCAGAAUCUCCCGCAUACUGAUAAACGGAACUUUUUGCUGUUGGUUGUGUUGUACUUUCUGCAGGGGAUUCCGAUGGGUCUUGCGACGGGGUCGGUGCCGUUUUUGCUGAAGCCGCAUUUGUCGUAUGGGCAGAUUGGGAUUUUCUCGUUGGCGUCGUAUCCGUAUUCGUUGAAGUUGCUUUGGAGUCCGAUUGUGGAUGCUGUUUGGAGUCCCACGUUUGGAAGACGCAAGAGUUGGAUUACCCCUGUUCAGAUUAUUGCUGGGUUGGCGAUGAUUUAUUUGGGGGGUCGCAUUGAGGAGAUGAUGACGGCGGCGGGGGCGAAUGGUGGUGCUGGGGUGUGGAAUUUCACGUAUUGGUGGUUUAUGUUGGUGUUUUUCUGUGCGACGCAGGAUAUCGCUGUUGACGGGUGGGCUAUUACGCUCAUGUCGCCGCCGAAUAUCUCCUACGCUUCUACGGCGCAAACUGUGGGAUUGACGGCUGGUCAUUUCCUCUCGUACACGGUGUUUCUGGCGUUUAACUCGGCGGAUUUUGCAAACCGCUGGUUCCGUUCGACUCCGUCGGAGGGGGGUUUGUUGUCGCUUGGAACGUACCUGAACUUCUGGGGAUGGGCGUAUCUGAUUGUGACGCUAUGCCUCGCCAUGUUGAAGAAGGAGGACAAGACCCGGGAGCGUGACAGCAUCAUGCACGUUUACCGGAGCAUGUGGAACGUGUUGAAGCUUAAGAACGUGCAGACCAUCAUCCUCGUGCAUCUGAUCGCGAAGAUCGGAUUCCAGGCCAACGAUGGAGUUACGAGUCUCAAGCUUCUGGACAAGGGUUUUGGUCAGGAUAACAUGGCAUUGGUGGUCUUGAUUGAUUUCCCGUUUGAGAUCUUCCUCGGCUACUAUGCCGGCAAGUGGUCCACGGAAUACACGCCCAUGCGACUGUGGUGCUGGGCGUUUGUUGGUCGCCUGGCAGCUGCCGUGUUGGCCCAGGCCACUGUGGUGAUCUUCCCGGCCACUCCGGAGGUUCCAUUUUGGUAUCUGCUCGCGGUUAUCGGAGAGCAUGUGAUCUCGACCUUCAUGAACACGGUCAUGUUCGUUGCCGUGUCGGCGUUCCACGCUCGUAUUGCCGAUCCAGUCAUUGGAGGAACCUACAUGACCUUGUUGGCUACCGUCUGCAACCUUGGCGGCACAUUCCCCCGCUACUUCAUUCUCCGCCUCGUCGACCUCUUCACCGAAGCAACCUGCAUCCCCCCGACCACCCCACCUGCCGCAGAAACCCUCAAAGACGCCCUCGUGACAUCCCCCUUCUCCUGCGCCCUCGAACCAGAGAAGAACCGCUGCGUCAACGGCGGCGGCACCUGCCAUGUGGUCCACGACGGAUACUAUACGACUAAUAUUUUGUGUGUGUUGGUUGGUGUGGUUACGUUCAUGCUGUUUAUUAAGCCGGCUGUGAUUAAGUUGCAGGGGCUGCCGCUUAGGGCUUGGAGGGUUGCCUCGGGGAAUCGGUCUUAGAUGCGCCUGUUGUGGUGAAUGGUUUGGGCUGUCUUGGGCUGUACUUAUAGGCCUUGAGCGGCCGGUGAAAGGCUCGUGUUUUGCUCAUUGGAUGUAUGAUAGAUUCAGAUGGGUUAUUCCUUGCAUCUUUGUAGUGUAUUGGGUGGUUAUUCUUAUUAUAUUAUAUAAUUGAUUAUUUUCAUUCAGCU